AUGUUCAAAUUGCCCAAGUCCCGAUUCAGUACGGUCGUGUCCGACAGCAGCUCUCGCAUAUCCUCAAUGCAGAGUUUUGACAUGAAGAGGGAUACCUCUGAGCCCAACCAGAGGAAAGGCAAAGAGUUGCAGACGCAAGUGUCGAACUUGUGGCGCAUUGUUUGGCUCGGGCUCUACCAACUACACGACAAUCACGGUCCUUACCACGUGGACAGGCUUGUGCAGCUCUACUUCGGAGCAGGCAUGGCUGUGUAUGAUAUACUGGACAAAGUCGGAGAUUCAUAUGAACGUUCCAAAUCACACAAGGGCCCGUUGGGUCUGCUAGGAUAUGCACUCUCCAACCGCGCCAUCAGCAAUCUCAGAUUAUACGAGGGUCUGUCCAUCGACACGCUCAAAUCAGUCAUUCAGCUCCUGGAGGCGUACAAACAUGAGAUUGCUUCAUUGGGCGAAGUUUAUGAGCUAUUACGCAGCCUCCAGGUUGGCUUACGGACUCCAACGAGUAAUGACGAGAAAGCGGUGCUAGAGCAUUAUCCGCCCCUGGCUGAUCAGCUUGCGCGUCGACUUGUGCAUCUUGAUGCGAGACUGGAUGUACUCAUGGCUGAGCUGGAAGAUGAGCACAUGGAAUCUUUUGGAGACUCGCCUCAACGAAAUGGAUGGCUCGUGAGAGAUAUGGUUUAUCCUAACAUAUUGUCACAUUCCGGAAUGUCACGGAAGAUUAGCUAA